CAGACACUGGCAGCACUUGGCCGAGGAAACCCUCUUCCCCACAUCAGAAGGUAACUUCGUUGGUCGUCGUCUUCUUCCAUCUCCGGCUCUCUGCUCAAUCUCCAUGAUUCACGACUGAGCUUCACACACGAUCCUCCGCAUUGUAUAUUUCCGUCAAAGCGUCCAAUGGAGGCAGCGAGCGAGAGAGAAGAGCUCACCCUUGUUGCCCGGAAGCCCGGGUUCGGUCUCCCGACGGCCUGCCCUAGCUGCUUGCCCGUCUACAUUUACCUCAAGUUCGCCGGGGUCCCGUUCCGGUUGGACUUCAAUCUGGCCAAUCCCGAUUCUGAUCAAAUUCCCUAUGUAGAAUCUGGUACAUAUGUCGCUUACAACAAUGAGAAAGGCGGGGUAAUAGAAAGUCUAAAAGACGAUGAUGUCCUUGAUCUAGACUCCGAACUGCGGUCAGCUCCAGAUUUCAUGUCAAUGAGGGCCAUGAUUGGGUCAUGGCUUGAAGACGCACUAUCAUAUGAACUCUGGCUGGGAUCUGAUGGAUCUCCUGCUCACAAGAUUUAUUAUACUGAUCUUCCAUGGCCAUUAGGAAAGGUAUUAUAUCUAAAGCAGAUUCAAACUGUAAAGCAACGCCUUGGAAUCACCAAAGAAAAUACUGAGCGAAGAGAGGCAGAGAUUUAUAGGAAAGCAACGAUUGCAUAUGGAGCUUUGUCAACUAGAUUAGGUGAAGAGGAUUUUUUCUUUAACAGGCCAUCAAGCUUAGAUGCAGCUUUUAUCGGGCACGCAUUAAUUGUCCUUCAAGCAUUGCCGGAAACUUCUACAUUGAGGAACAAACUCUUACAACAUGAUAAUCUUGUGCAAUAUGCUGAAAAGCACAAGGCACAGUUUGUUGAAGCCAGUUCAUCAUCUUCUUCUGCUUCACAGUUCCCUUCAAUUCCUAAACGAGGUUCGAAGCCCAAAAGCGAAACGAAGAAGGAAAGAACUCCCCAAGAGAAGACAUUCCGGAAAAGGGCAAAGUAUUUCCUUAUAGCGCAGUUUGUUGCGGUUUUACUUUUCCUAUCUAUCAUGGGAGGAGCUUCUGAUGAUGCUGAGGUAGAGAUUGAUGACGACGAUGAAGGCUUCAGCUAUGAUGAAUGAGGAAGAAACUGCAUUUGACAAAUUUUUGGUCUCUUUUUACUAGUCUUGUUCGUUGGUCACUUAUUAGCUCAGGGAUGAGGAUAGAUUCUGUUUUUUCUGUCGUAAUCUCCAAUGGGAAUUUUGGGAAAUAAGUAUUCACACAUUAUUGAGGUUUCACUAGUGGAAUUUGCAAUGUAUAUCGGGCAGUCGAAACUGAAUUUUGGCA